AUGGAGUCUAAUUCGGAUCCAAAAUUAAACCCGGAUACGAAUUCCGUCGGUCCUCCUUCUGCUCUGACCUAUCUCGAUCCUCACUACUGGGACGAGAGGUUCACUUCGGAGGAACACUAUGAAUGGUUCAAAGACUACUCUCAUUUCCAGCAUCUCAUCAAUGCCAACAUCAAAACUUCUUCUUCUGUCUUGGAACUGGGAUGUGGGAACUCUCAGUUAUGUGAAGAGCUAUAUAAGGAUGGCAUUGUUGACAUUACCUGUAUUGAUUUAUCUUCGGUUGCCGUUGAGAAGAUGCAGAGUCGAGUGGAGUCAAAAGGGUACAAAGAAAUAAAAGUGGUGCAAGCUGACAUGCUAGAUCUCCCUUUUAACAGCGAGAGUUUCGAUGUGGUUAUUGAGAAAGGGACCAUGGAUGUACUAUUUGUGGAUGCUGGUGAUCCAUGGAAUCCACGCCAAGAAACUGUGAGCAAAGUCAUGGCAACUCUCGAUGGAGUUCACCGUGUUUUGAAACCAGACGGCAUUUUCAUUUCCAUUACAUUUGGGCAGCCACAUUUUAGACGUCCUUUGUUUAUGGAUCCCAAGUUUAGUUGGUCCAUGGAGUACAACACUUUUGGUGAUGGCUUCCAUUAUUUCUUCUAUAUCUUGAGAAAGGGAAAGAGACAAAAUGAUGAGAAAGAAGAAGAUGGGAAAUGCAGAGAUCCAUCAAUAUCCAUGUAUCAAGAUGAACUUGAAGGCGAAGACUACCUUUUCAGAACACACAUCGAUGAUGACGAGGAUUAG